AGGCGGUGCAUGCGAAGCAAUUGCACGUUUUAAACGCAGUGUCAGCGACUCUACGUGGCGACGAUGGAAGCCGGAGGAAGGCGGAUUAGAUUGGCGGAACGUGGAGAGCUCGAGGAGGAGCUGAUUUUAUCCGGGCCACGACACGUCCACGAAUCCACGUGUAGCCCGUCACUGGUGCAAACACACGGGGCAGUGCUGCUCUCCUUCUGAGUUUCAUCAUGGAGCGACCGCUGGCAGCCGCUGCGAGAGGUGUGCCAAAGCGAUCCAGUGGAGCAGUUAAUAUGAUCACAACACGGUUUCUGUUCUUGCUCAUCCUCCCUUCACUGAGUCUGUGUGCUCCACAACAAGCCCAGAAAACACUCAGUGAUGGUCUUAUUGCACCAGACCUGGCUAAUCCUUUUGGGUCCAGCGAAGAAAACCGGAGGCUCCUGCAAAGCUACAUCAAGAGCAGCCUAAAGGAAGGACAGAGCAGUCCAGAGCUGAACACCAGGGAACAAGAAGUGUUCUUCCUUUUCUCCUUGUAUGACUAUGAUAGAAGUGGGCAGAUGGAUGGCCUUGAACUGAUGCAACUUCUAACAGAUUUCCUGACUUAUCAUGAAGUUAUGCCAAAGUCAACAGAUUCUGUUGUAUCUUUGGUGGAUUACCUGCUACAAGCUCAGGAUCUGAACCUGGAUGGACUACUGGCUCCUUCAGAGCUUUUAUCACCAUCCACGAUUGACCAACAGCAAGAAAGCAAUAUUGUUCUCCCUGAUUCACCAGCUGACGAGGCCUUAAAACAAGAGCAAACACAUGCGAAAUCAGAGGAUGGAGACACAGAAGUCAAAAAAGAGUCUGAACAUGAGAAUGAGACACAAGACCCAGCUAAAGAAGAACACACACAGGAAGAGAAGCCUGUAGAUCACCAGAUACCUGAACAGCUUGAAGAACAGGAUGAGCUGCAAGAUGAUCAUCAGGAGCAGAAGAACAUGCCAGUCCAUCAGGAGCAACCAGAGAUGUGAUGCCAAAUUAAGCAUGAAGUGACUUUUAAAGACAUCUUUCAAACAGAUACAAAUCAGCCAUACAUAGGAAACCCCUCUCCUGCUGUAUACAAAGUACUAUGACCAACACGUAAUUUAUUGCUGGAUAGUAAAGGAUGUUUUGAAGGUCCAAACAUGUGAAUGAUAUUAGCAUCAUUGUACAGUUUGUGAAAUCGCUAAACUACAGAAAUUUCCAGUGUUGUGCAAUCCAGGCACACAACCAUCUGAAUUAGUAUCUGGUCAUCUUUUUUUGCACCAUUUAAACUUCGCAAACUCAAAGCAAACCUUUAAUUUACUGAAAAUGUAAUGCAAAAUCUGGUCACAGCCAAGAUCCAAUAACCAUUAUUACAGUUUGUAUCCAACUCUUGUCAUAUUUCUAUACUGCACUUUUCUGGGGGUUAAAUACCUUUGAAUUAAAUCGUUCAAAAGGGAACUACUUUCAUUUCUGCCUCCAUGCAAGAGGAUUUGGACGGAUCAGAAUAUAGACGUCUUAAUUUGCCAUAAGUAAACAAUUUUUUGGUGCUUUACUUUUGUGAAAGUAGUUAGUGAAGUGCCGUAUUGCACUUCCAGAGAAACAAAAAGCUCACUUGUACUCAAUUUCCAGUAGAGAUCUCAUAAAACCCAUUGAGUCUCAGCAUUGAGAAUUUCUAUACAAUGUGUCUGAUGCCACAGUUACACUUUCUACCAAGGUGGAAAGAAAACCAUACAAGGAUAGAGAUGUUGCAAAUGAAAAGCAGUCAAGACAAAACAGUUUGGUUUUAAUAUUUAUUACACUUUAGACAAAAUGCAUUAAAACACAAUCAAGUAAAAAUCAUUCAAUCUAAAAAGCAACUUUAAAAAGUCAAACAUACUGAAAAUGUGGCGACGGCAUCAAGACGUGCUACCGUAAAACUUUAGACACUGGUCCAAACCUGACUCCAAUUAACAGGACUACACUGUGCAUAAAAGUCACUCCCCAAUUCAAAAUAAAACGCUAAAACAUCAGUUGGGGGUCUCGGUCUAAAAGACUUGAUAAAAUUCAAUCAUUGCUUAAAAUGCUUAUUGUACCAUGGGCAUGGAAGAUGGCAGUCAGCUUAAGUUGAAGACAGUCAAUGUCCACACUCUGAACUCUGCGCUCAUUUCAGCUUUUGCAAUUUUGGUGGUUACAAUGGGAUUCCAGCAACAAUUUCAGAUUCAAUGCCACAGUGGUCCUCACCUC